UUUGUGUUUUAUCAGCUCUUAGAAAGCAAUUUCUUAGCUUGCAACUUCAUUUUUAUCGUCAUUUCAGUCCGGUUUUUCCCCCUCGUUCAGUUUAAGCUUGCUGAUAUAGGCGAAGGGAUUGCAGAAGUACAGAUUAAAGAGUGGCAUGUGAAGGUCGGUGAUACUGUUUCACAAUUUGACAACAUUUGCGAAGUUCAGAGCGAUAAAGCAUCAGUGACGAUUACAAGCAGAUAUGAUGGUGUUAUUAAAAAACUGUAUUACAAUGUAGAUGAUAUCGCGAAAGUGGGUUCAACUCUUUUUGAUAUUGAGACUGAAGGUUCGGCAGAGGAAACUGAGAAAGCAAAAAAAGAUUCAGCAGAAUCUAGCUCUGGAACAGAGACAAGAUCGAAACCGGCUGGAAGUAGUGGAGAGCCUAUUAGCGUAGGAAAGGUUCUGGCCACUCCUGCCGUCAGAAGGAUAGCUGCAGAACAUAAGGUCAACCUUAAUACCGUGAAAGGAACUGGAAAGGAUGGCAGAGUUUUAAAGGAAGAUCUUUUGAGGCAUAUUGGACAGCUACCAGGUACGUCUUUCUUUAGUAAUCAUUUGAAUUAUGAACCACUAACAGAAGAUAAAGUUGUGCCUAUACGCGGAUACACGAGGGCAAUGAUUAAGUCAAUGAGUGAAGCUUUAAGGAUCCCUCACUUCGGAUUUCACGAUGAGUUUUACGUAGAUCGGUUGGUAGAAAUGCGAAAAGAAUUGAAAGAGCUUGGAAAAGAACGGGGUGUCAGGAUGACUUACAUGCCUAUAUUUAUUAAAGUGGCGUCAAUGGCUUUGUCGGAAUAUCCCAUGUUAAAUUCCGUUUUAGAUGAAAGAGGAGAAAAUCUUAUCUAUAAAGCUUCUCAUAAUAUCGGGAUCGCUAUGGAUACUCCGCAUGGUCUGGUGGUUCCUAACAUAAAAAACUGUGAACAGCGUAAUUUGUGGGAAAUUGCUGAGGAAUUGCAAAGGCUUGGAGAAGCCGCAAAACAUGAACAGUUGUCGCAACAAGAAAUUUCUGGAGGAACUUUCACUUUAUCGAGUGUCGGCAUGUUGGGAGGCAUGUAUGCAAACCCCGUCAUCCUUCCACCGCAAGUGGCCAUUGGUGCUUUGACAAAGAUCCAGAAGGAGCCGAAAAUUGACAAGGAUGGAGAGAUUUUUGCCCCUCAUGUGCUACGAGUUUCAUGGUCAGCUGAUCAUCGAGUCAUCGAUGGGGCCACUGUGGUUCGUUUCAGUAAUUUAGUGAAACAAUAUUUAGAAAACCCGACUAUUAUGGCUGCGCAGUUAAAAUAA